AUGUUUGGUGAGUAAAAUUGUCAUACUUACUGUCAUUACUAUACUUAAUUAAUCAUAAGUGUUGUUGUUGUUGUUGUUGUUUUAAAAGUGCGGAAUAAAUGCGAAUUCAAAAAGAGGUUAAGAAGUCUUAAAUUUGCAUUAAUGAAAAAAAGUUCGGCAAAGACUUUUUCCAUGUAAACAAAUGAAACGCGAAUCGAAUGAAGUGUUCAAAAUGCCUUCCUUUGCAACAGUGCUUUUUCUUUGCCUCGGAGCUUUUUUCGUCGGCCAACUUCUUCUUGUCACUACUCACUAAAUCCCAUUCAGACCCUCCUAUAUCAAUCAAUUUUCUGGUGUUUUUAGUAAAAAAAAUUCAAAUAACAAAUAUGUUAAAAGAAGAAUACGCAAUUGAGAUGAAAUUUCUUUCAAGAAAGAGGAUUUGUCGAGUAGAAAUACUAGUAAUUAAAAUUCACUCACCUUUAGUGCUGGACGCAAGUCGCGGGUUUUCACGUUCUCGACAGCAUGUAGACGACAAGUCGAGCAUAUGCAGUAGCGUUCAAGUCGCCUCGGCCACUUACGGUAGGUCGUCGUCGUCCCAUUCGUUGUCAAUGCAUAAAGGUCCCUAACGUACUGUUGUGGCCAUCCAAACGUGCAUAAAGAUGCUAAGGUUACAUUGCAACUGGUACAUUACAUACUACUAGCUGUGGCUUGUCUGACAAAACACAGCUGACGUCAUGAGGUCGCGAAACGUUGGAACAUUACCUCGUUAGUUUUAACAUGUUUAUGUUUCGGUAAAUUGUUAUCAUUAUUAUCAUUAAGAUUAUUAUUAUUAUUAUUAUUAUUAUUAUUACUAUCAUCAUCAUUUCAGUUUGAUAUAACAUUUUAGUAUUUAAUAGCUUAUUAUAAUAAAUGUAAUUGAUCAACAGCUCCUCCUCGAUUCACAAGCAAGCCCCCACCACUCAUCUUCAUUAAGGAAGGCGGUAAUCUGACACUAAGUAUUUCCGUAUCUGGGAAUCCACAACCUAAAAUCACUUGGUCUGUACGUCUUAAAAUACACGAAAACCAAAGUCGAGUCAGCAGUACUGGUGACGAGACGUUUGAGUUAAAUGGUGUUCGGUUUGAGGACGAGGGAGUGAUCACGUGCCGCGCCGAAAAUGUAUUUGGUGUUCAAGAGACCGAAGUAGAACUUACUGUAUUAGGUAAUUUCUUAUUCUAUAUUUUUUAAGCAGAAUGUGUCAUUUAACCCUUAGACGUACACGCAAAUUCAUACCGCCACCGUGGUACAAGGGAGGGGGAAGGGGUGGGGGUUGAUGGAACCCCUUCACAGAGUGUUUGAUAUGUUCAGUAUUGUUCGAAACGAUUUUGCCUUCAAGAUGAGGUAUAUUUUGUUUUUGGUGACGCCGCUAGAGGCCUGUGACAUCACCAACAAUGGUCGCCAUCUUAGAUUUUACCAAGAAUUAGAAAUCAGGUAAAAAUUGCCAUAAAUGGUAAUUUUUUUGUGCUUGACAUGUAAUUAACAGCACAUAAAAAAUCACUUUGUAUCAUUUUAUUCAUAAGGUUAACUUUUAUUGUUGAAAAAAGUUGGAAAAACAUGCAUUUUCACUCAAAAAUGACUCAGUGAUCACCUGCUAAUUAUGACGUCAUAUCUCGUGACAAACCCCCCUUGUACGUUUGAGGGUCCUCAUUAUUUUUUCUUAGUUUGUGAGCGGGCGGAAUCCUCCAAAUCCUGCAAUCUGAUUGGUUCCGAGAGCGGGCGGUUUUUUACGACCUUUCCCGUUAACCUGGGUGGAAUCGUUGGCAGCUUCAUUCACAAGUUUGUUUGUUGUUUGUGAAUGAGCAAACUGAGCAAAAACCGUAAUUUUAGGUUAUUUUUCUUUUAAAACUUCCGCUUUUAUUAGCACUAGCUAAGGAGAAGUGAGUUUUUCAGGCGCAGUUUCUCCCAAUACGGACCUACCAACCGGUGAAUAACAUAUAUUUAUUAUCUUACUUUUAAUUAUUAUAUCUGUUGUAUUUAUUAUUAAAUAUUUAAUUUUUUAAACCAUUUUCCUCUUUUGUCAUAAUUUUAAGUUUGCUGUUGUUGAAUUUUUACCUUAUUUUAUAGUCUUUGCCUUUUCAUAGUUCCCUUGGUCCAGGUGCAUUUAUAAAAUGAGUCCACCAUUAAAUCCGUCUAAGUUUUGUAUUUAUUUUUUGUUUUAGCAAACCCUAUUAGCCCCUUAGCCCCUUAUAUUGGCAUUUCAGGGGUCUCCCAACGGGCGAGACAAAGGGAAGUCUUUGAUUGAGGUCAUUGUGUUUAGGGGUUUGCAGUAAAUUUGCGGUAUUGUUCUGUUUUGAAACAAAAUUCAAAAUAAUUAGCAUAAUUAGCAAAAUUCCCAAAAAAUGCCAUCCAGGUUUUCUCGAAAUAAGUGCGGGUGAAAAUGAGUAAGAGGUUCAGGGGUAAGGUAGGAAGAAAGGACAAAACUUUGGAAGCCCGAGACCGAUGCCACGUUAGGACCAUACCACUCCUCAAAAUGUCAAUUAAGUGGAUUAAAAAUUAAAUUCUAGAAGAAAUAGAAAUGAAGCCUUUCUUAGAAAAAAUGAAAAUUUUGAAAUAAAAAUGGCGGUCAAAACUCGGUUGCCACGUUAAAGCUAACGUACACGUCACAACGACUUUAAAAAUACUUUGAGGUAAAAUGUAGUCGCCAAGUAUGGUGGUCAAAGCUUGAACGGCUUUGAAAUUAUAAUGAUUCAACUUUUUAUCGGGGGCUAGUGGGAAUCGGGAAGGGCCUCUUCCUGGUCUGAAUAGGGGUAAGUAACGGUCCGGUUAUAAUGAAAGAAAUCCUAUUGUGAGGAACAUGUGAAACGCUGAACUUUUCUUAGCUAUUGUUUGCAACUGUUAUGAUCGAUUGAAAUCUUUAAUCACAAGGAAAUGACAAGAUUAGAGUUCAAUAAAAACAAUAUUCUGUUUCGUAAACUGCUUCUCUGUACGUUUAUUCAUCCUCUCUGCAAAAAAAUGAAAACUUUCCUUUGUAAGGAAAGCGUAUUUCGCCAUAGCAAAAUUAAGACCAUUAAUCCAUCAAAGAUCAUUACAGUUUUAAUUAUUUUACUUUGCAGGUGCACCGAGAUUUUCUAAGUCUCCUCCAGGAGAAAUGACUGUUUUUUUGGGUAAAGAAACAAAAAUACAAUGUGAUUUCCUUGGAAAUCCAACCCCUGUGGUAACAUGGGCAAGAUCUCCUGCAAAACGUCUCCCUCAGGGACGCAGUGAAGUGAAAAAAGACGGACUGUAUAUCAACAGCACUGAAAGAGAGGAUGGAGGUGUUUACACUUGCUUGGCAAGGAACGAUUAUGGAAUUAAACUUCAUGGAACUUUUCUUAAAGUCAGAUCAGUAGGUAGGUAUAGGUAGGGAAGUUUUUACAAUUAAUCCACUGCUUCCGCUGAGGCAAAAACAAAAAGCUUUGGGGGAUCAUUAAUUAUAUUCAGUACCCCCUGACCUGAGUAAUAUUCUCUUGUUAGCUUAAAGCGACAGUGCAACAUCAAAGGUGGGGGCGAUUUUCACCGAUAACUUGCGGGGAGAUAACCAAAGUUAAUUCUUCCUGAUAUUAAGGCCAGAGUAUUACAAGUGAUGGUCUAAAGCUCCCCCGAUUAUUUCUCUCUCGCCUUAAGCGAUCGUUUGAAGACAUAGUUGAAGCUUUGUCGUCUUGAUGCAUUGAAAUCUGAGCAAGAUGACCCCUUUUAUAUUUUCUUAGAUACACCCUCAGUGAUCUUUGUGUUUCAAGAAAUCUGAUUGGUUUGCUUCCUCUGACUAUGACAUCAUAAUUACCGCACAAACAAAAACAAAACAAAACAAAAUUGCUGGAGUCACAACGUGUUUUACCCACGUUUUAGAGUAAGAACUUUUGAAAAAACACAAGAAACCUUUUAAGCGAUUGUUACGAAACAUUGUAUUGCGUGACUAGCGUGACUUUCUAGAAGCUUCGCGAGAGUUCGUAGUUUGUUUAUUUUAGGAUCUUGCGUAAGCGUUUCUAAAGCGGUACAUUUUGUAACCUUUCUAUAAUUAGACUAUUUGGAAAGUUCUAGAAUCUUAUUGUAAAUGUAUAUAAGUAGGCGAGCCCGAGUUAAGGUUUAACUAGUUUUCACAAGCGAGGAGAGUUCGACGUUAGUCGUGUUUGUCAAGUGUGACGAAAGCAGUGUUUAUUCAAGUUGGCGGAGGCCGUGUAAGUUUACCAAGUUAAUUGAAGUUGGCGGAGGUCGUGUAAGUUUAACGAGUUACGUGCUGUUGUGGAGUUUUACUUCGUGGAAACUACGUUCAUUUUGGAAUAAAUCUUCUUGUUGCUGUUCCGACAACCCUGCGUUCAGUUUAGUUUGCAAGCUACCUGUCCUCUAAAAGAUUACCCGCGUAACAGCGAUGAUGUUUUUGAAUAGGUAAGAUUUACUCACAAGACAAAAUUUGACAAAACUCGAAGUUAAUUAAUCACGAAAAAUUGAUAGCAAAUGUUUUCGAAACUCUGCAUGCCAGCAAGAACGAUACAGCAAAACAACGCUUACCACCUCGAUCGCAGCCGCCAUUGUCAGCACUUGGGAAGAGCGACACAAGAAACUUUAGAGUCAGCCGAUUUUAAGCAAAUAAAGCUCUCAAACUGAGGUAACAAUUUGAACUAUUGACGUUUUCUUUUAUAAUCUGUUAACGCUUAAUUAUUGUUGGCUUACAAAUGGACUGAAAUGAUUCUCCAUGUUUGAAAAUUCUGAAGGAAUCCUAUUGUUGCGCAUAUAUGUACUGUUUCAGGCAUCGUAUUCAUUUUCAUUCAUGAAUUGAACCGUCAAGCAAAAUAAUCGUUCUGUAAUGGAUUUCCUUCUGAUUUCUUUAAGGUCACUUUCUGUGUAUUAUUCUUUUCAAUCUCAAUGAAUGUUUACCUCGAUAUUUUCCUCUAUUUCAAAGUAUAAUAAAUUGUAACGUUCACAAGGUACAGAAAAACGGGCAACAAAAAAACUUGCAACUUGCAUAGCAAUGUUGCGCGUCAUACCACCCACAUAAACCCUGUCUUGCAACAAAUCAGGUUGUUAACAGGUUUGAACAUCGGUGGUAAAACGCGCAGCAUCGCUUUUCAACUCGUUUUGCAGCAAUGUUGCAAAACAAGUUGAACGUUUUUUGUUGCCCGUUUUUCCGUACCUUAAGUAGGCCAAGUACCCAUGCUAGAUGUUGGGUGUGGUGCCGUGCCCGAGUACAAGGUCAUUCGAGACCUUGUACUCGAACACAAAAGAGCAGGGCACCUGGUUACUGUGUGCUCACCGUUUUGGGUGAGUUCCUGGGGCAGUCCACUGCUUUGUGCUCGCUGCUAAGCUUAUGUUUCAAAAUGGCACUAGCCUGUUCCAGGCUCCAAGACAUGGUGAAACGUCGUUCAGUAAAAAGGUGUCAAAAGAAAUGCAAAAACGCGCGGGCGUUGGGGAGAGACAGGGCCCUCUUUCCCGAGUCGCGCGCGUCUUAUUUUCGUUCUGCUCGUUUUAAUACGUCCCCACUAUACUAUCUGAGAGCCUGGCACAGGCUAAAAUGGCGCCAGCUAGGGCCAUUUGGAGUAGCUAUGUACACAGUUGCAUAUCGGGUCAGUACUCAGGGUGUGACGCAACACCAUUGUUUGGAAAGAGGGCUUUGUAAAUCCCUCCCAAUUUCAAGUUUUAUCUCACCUAAACGAGUGAUAAGCUUACUAGUUUAAAUUCAUUUUUUUCGCCCAGAGUCGCCUGUAUUAACCACGAAACCACGAAGCUACAUAACCGUAACAGGUAUCAAAGAAGAGAUUCACCUAAAAUGUUCCGCGAAAGGGUUACCACUUUCCAAAAUCAGUUGGUACAAAGACAACAUCAUCAUACCCGUCAGUAAUGUUACCAGUAAUGUCACCAAAGAAACGGUUAUCAGCGAAUUUGUGAUUGAUGAGUUCCAGCCUUCAGACCAAGCCACGUAUAAAUGUGUCGCUACCAACAUGUACAACAAUACAGCGGAGGCAAGUUCAAUGAUAGGUAUGGUGUCCAGUGGCAUUUUUUCUUUUUGAAAUUGUGUAUAUUCUACAAUAUGAGUUGCUGCUUGGUCAUUCUCUCCAACUGGCAACUAAUUGCUCUUUUAAAAAAUGUUCCUGUACCUCCCAGAAUACAGGUUGCAUAACCUAGCCUGUUAGUUAACAGUUAAUGAAUGAGGCUGAGUAUCGUAUGAAGAAUUGUGGAGAUCGAGGAGGGUGUUAUCGGCGGAGAUAACAUAAUUGUUCAUAAUGAUACGAAAGCCGAAUUAAAUAACUGUUUUAUUAUUCAUUUAAAAUAAUUCCUAGUUUAAAAACAUAGCUAAAACAUGCUUACCUCGAUCCAUUGAUGUUCAGUUCAUCUUCGAUAGUGUCCAGCUCCGCAAAUAUUCUCCAAAUAGCAGAUGUCGCCCUUCGAGUUGUCUUCUUGCUGUUCUUACCAUGUUUUUAGCCAUUUUUUCGCCUAGUUCUUACUCUUGAAACGAGUGAAAUGUCCGCCAUUUUUUCAAGUUCACAACCAAAACAACUCAACCUCGUCCCCAGGUCUUCUCGGUUAACGGUGCACCCUGCAUUUUUGACGUCAUUUCCUCAUUAAAGUCAAAAUAGUAUGGAUAUUGUAAAAAAAAUUGUUAUUUUUAACUCGUGGGUAUGCGCGAGCGUACCACGAGUUAUUGCAGGGACAGGAAUAUGCAAAUGAGUCACUCGCUCACUCGUAGUAGACGCACUUCUUAAUUAAUCGGGUCCGAACUCGAGAGCGCGAAGAUCUAUCGUUUCCAAAGAAGCACGCGCUCGCCGAAGUUCGGUGGCAUCAAAUUCCUCGCUGAGAGCGUGCAUCGUGCGCUGCAGCACGGUUAGAGGAUAGAGGUCUUAAGAAGUUUAAGACACACAGGAAUCUUUCAGAUUAGUACCAUUCAAGAGCCUUUGACUCGUCCAGGCGUUAAACUUGACGAGAAGAUGAGCAUUUGCUCUUCGACUCCUUCAACUUCGACGCUGGCUUGAUCUCCUACCUUGUAGUAAUGUGGUAGGUUAUGUGUAUGAAUGAAUGUAUGGUAAAUAAAGUCACUUCUUCUUCUUCUUCUUCUUCUUCUUCUUCUUCUUCUUCUUCUUCUUCUUCUUCUUCUUUAUAAGGACUCCCCAAGAUCACGGGGGGAAAUGGAUGUGAUUUUGAGCAUUAGCUUUAAAAUAACAGCGGAAAUCGAGAUAAGAAAACAUAAGCUUAUGUUUUGCGUCCUACUUCGCGGAGGAGUUGUGUCGGCUUUGUAUCGCAUAUGUUCUUUCAUUGCCAUGAAAUGUGUUUACAUUGUUUUUUACUGUCAGUAGCCUGGUUUCAAUUAGCCUUAAUUUCAUCCGAUUGCUUCGAGUCGUUUUUUCAAUCGGUUAAUGGCUCGAUCGUUUGCCGGCGGAAGUUCCAUGGCAUUAAAUUUGAGACUUUUCACCAAAUCAUGUGAUCAUCCUCAAUGGCGUAGUGGCUAUGCGAGGUCGGGUCAACUUGAAGGUAUUGGGUUCAAUUCUGCUGACGACCUUCUUUUUCCCUUCUUCCUUUUUUUUUCUUUUUUGUUUUGUUUUGUUUGCUCAUUUGUUUUGCUGGGUUUUUUUUGUUUUUUUGUUUUUAAAUAUAUACCUAAAUAACUGUUAAUAAAGUGCAAUAAACAGCUAGAAAAGUAUUGUUUCCAGAACAAGGAUAGUACUGAUUUAUAAUCUGAAUUUCUAUCAUUUCCUAAAAUUUACUGUGAGAAAACCAGAGGUAAUAUCUAAUUGAUUAUUUUCUAAACAACGUACCCACGAGUUGACGAUAGUCUUUCUUUGAUUUAAAAUUAUUGUAGACUGUUAGUUACACACAAUCAAGUGCCGGCGUUUUCUUUUCUCCGAGCAACGGAAAGCUUAUCUUGACGGCCAUCAAUAAAAUGAUGUAGGAUCCAGGACCCCACCCCACACUCAAAAUUAAACAUUAAUAACAACACUCACGUCACUUUUGUCUUUGUGGUGUUGUUGUUAAUGUUUGAUUUUGCCUUGGAUAAACAGCAGGAUUAGGAUGCUGUCAUUACUGGGCUGCCUGUGCGGCCCAGUCAUAAAUUCGGUUUUCGGUCGUCGGUGUCAAAAGACGGUCAUCCGGGGGAGGGAAAACACGAGGGUCUAGUACCAAGAAACGAAGUUCUCACAAAUGGUUUCAUAUGAUUUUCUCUUGCACGGACCCUUGCACGGAUACUUUUUAGACCUCGUCUCCGCUCCCCCUGAAAAACCCACAAGGCGUUGCGAACCUGACGAAGGCUAUUUGCGUUGUUCGAAGCGAUUCGAUCAUGGGAGUCACUCUAUAAUUUUUUUAUUGUUCGAGUUUAAGUCAGUUAGAUGAUGUUGGCGCUGGGAAACUCAGAAAAAAGCUCACGUUGCAUACAAACCGACACGCCGUUCACGGUAGGUUCACACCAAAAGAUGACUGUGAGCGUCAGGUUUGGAACGCCGGGGCCGCUUCGUGAACUCAAAGAGAGAAUUAUCGAUCGAUGUAGUACCAUGAGCAAUUAAUAAGCAUAAUUUAUGAGCAAAGUAUUUCACCAGUUGACGACACUAUGGCUGAAUACUUCAUUGUAAGCUGUCGUAGUCAGUGAAGCGAACAACUCAGAUGAAUCCUGAUGUUACGCACGUCCAUUUUAGCGAGGGACGUGACAACUUUGCCAUGUUAGAAGACUGGCUUUUCCUUUAAAUAUUUCCUUCUAUUUAAUUUGGAGGUCUAAAUUUCGGAUACUGAUGAUAAAGAAGCCACGGACAAAAAUAGGAACUCUGAGAAUUUCGCACACAAGUUCAAGGCUUGACUUGAGGAAAAUAGGAGCUAUUACUGACAAGGUUUGGUGACUGAGUAGAGCAUACAAGUGUAGCCCACGUCGAGGUUUCAGGGGGGUUGCUUUUGUUUGUAUCUGUAUCUUGCUAAGCUUUUAUCAUUAAAUUUGUACAUGAUCUUCUCAUUUUCGCCCAUUCAGCAAGCACGCUAUAGUGAUGUCAGCAUUAGCGAGUUCCAGAAACAUGCCUUUGAAAAUUUUCAGCUCUCGUGAUGUUUCUUGAUAUUUCUUCUACCAUUUUAUGGAGAUGUAAACUGAAGUCACCGCAAAAUGGAAACUUAAAAAAGCGUAUAAUCCAUUUAUCUCGAAACAUAAUACACAUGACUUAUAUGACCUUUAUUUUCCUAAAGGUGUUUUGAAUACGAACGAACACAGUCAAUGGGAGGGGCAAAAACAGCAUUAAUAUACUCAGUAAAUGAACCAUAGGGUUUUAACUAAUAUAAGGGUCAAUUAUUGUUCAUUGAGAUGAAUCGCUUGAAAAGAGAGACUUCGCUUGAAGUUGUGAUCAGAAGUAAACAAAGUCACAAUACUGCGUCACGUUCAGUCUUUUUAAUAUCCAAGGACUGUGAAUAGUGAUUCCAUAUUGUUUAGCUGGCACAAAAACUUUGGAGGAGUUAUAAAGCGGCAUAGUUAUCGUCCAUGAAGAAAAGUUAGUCAUGGGUGAGACAAACAAUGAACUGGAGCGAAUUUUUAACUCAUAUCGGUAUCAGGUAAAAAAUAUGUUCUCGAUCGUUUCAUCUAUUUACAUUGUUUGAAGUGCUUGCUGAUGAAAGCAACUUGCGAGAGAGAAAUAUUUAAACUUUUUUAGGUCACGAAAUACAAAGGAUUUUAUUCCUUUAAGUUUGAGAAAAGUAGCAAGAGGAAAAUCUUAAAACUGAAUAUUUUUUAUCUUGUGGAAAAAAUAGUGCGUUUUCAUGUAGACUGUAGACCGCAAAUUACGAUCGUCUAUUUACUGCACGUCUCACAAACGUGCGAAUUCUGAAGUUCAGAAGCCAACCGACGAUUGCGUUUUUCGCUGCUGUCAAUCAUCUUAUCUUAACGGACCUCUUAGGAAACAAAACUUUACUUCACGGGUUCAAAAGGUCAUGGUUUGUGAUUUGUGGAUUUCGAUCCGUUUUGUGUUUCUCUGUUUCAAGGUUCGUCGCUGAUCGUAAUUAUGAUUGACGGCAGCGAAAAACACAAUUGUGAAGGUGGCUUUUGAAGUUUAGAGUUUGAAUGUUUGUGAAAAGCGCAGCAAAGUCUCAGUAGAGUCAGAGGCCCCCGGAUCAGGCGGGAUCAAUGGCCAGUUGGCUGUCUGUUUUAGUAUACUUCUGGUGUUCAUACAAUACAAUAUUUCUGUUUAGUGUAAAUCAGCUCCGUCCGUCGUGCUUUAUGCUCGUAGAACGACAACAAUUAUUGGAAUUUCCGGUUACGUCAAAUUAGUCACGUUAUACUGUCACGCUAUAUUUUGUGGCACAGAGGGAUUGGGAGAAGGGUGCGUGAAAAUAAUGCAAUCGUUUCCUGCUUAGAAUUAAUGGCUAACUUGUUUAUUUUUACCAUAAUAAUGGAAUUUAAAAGUUAUUAUACAGCCCCCACUUAAAAAUGGUACUCUUUUUUGGGGGGGGUUACAAAAGUCUUUCAAAAGGGUACAAUGUUCUUAAUGAGUUUAUGUUUCAGUCUCACAUGAGAUUCUGUCGCAUGCAAUGGUCAGCGACAAAGUUUUGUAGUAGCCUGAGUGUGUAUAGCCGCCCCCUCCCCUCAGAAACAAUAGCCCCUUUGCAGCCCAGUUAAAAAUCGCCUUUCGGCGAUUCUUGUUUUACAUAAAAAGUCCCCACACUCAAACCCUGAAUAGUCCUCGAGGUUAAAUUGCUGGUUUUAUUUCAUUAUAAUUAUUAAUCAGUUUAUUAUUUUUCAAUUGAACAUCGUACUUAUCAUUCUUGCCUUCGCAAAUGAAAUUGUCCUUUCCUAGCGGGAUUGCCAACUCAUCAACGCGCAGUUUCACCCUACCUUCAACAUACAUUUUGCUUCUUUCAGUUUUACAAAGUUGUGGUAACCCAGGCAGACCAAGCUAUGCUGUUGUUUCUGGCAAGACUUACUGGGUAGGGAGCAUUGUCAGGUACUUCUGUAAUCCGGGAUAUACUUUGAUUGGUCACGGCGUUAGAAGAUGCAUGUCCAGUGGUUCAUGGAGUGGAAAGACGCCAAAAUGUAAGUGCCAAAAACGAAUUUUAAAGACUAGAAAUUUAAAAAGAAUACGAAGAAUUUUAGCAUCAUGUUUAUUGCAAAAUUGGGUUCCCCGGUAUUCAUCGGGAUUCACCAGCCACGUUCUCAAAAAAGGAGACUUUUUUCUUAUAAGUCAAUCAAAGAAGAAAAAAUCAGAGUGUCGGUCAGACUGAUGCUUGUGCGGAUUGUCAACCAACAUCUAUUUUGUCAAACUUUGACAGACUCUUCGGAAAAUAAUUUGUAACUGAAAAAAAGAAGGAGUUUAUAAAUCAACUAGUAAUCAUUUAGGCUUCACAUAAUGGCUACCCCUCCCCUGCGCAAGGUAGAUUGCAUUAAAAAUCUUAACUCGAAAUUCAUGAUAUCGUUGAAGCCCUGCAACAAAUAUUGAUAUACAGGAAUUCUUACACAGCUGGAAAAGGCUUUUGAAAUAAACUGAAUGACUUUGUGUUGGCUUUGCAUGCCCAAUCAUGAGCCAAAAAAGGAACUUUAAAGCCAAUCUGGCGAACCCAAAACCUUUAUUUGGCGCUCCGUCCAAAUAAUGAGAAUUGUAUCUUAUAUGAAAAUUCCAGAGGGGAGGGGUAAGGAUUUCCAGGAAAUAUGCCUCUUGUUAUGUUUCAGUAGUUUAAUUUUGGCCACACGUUAUUUUCUGCUUGCAUACAAUUCAUUCCAGUGUUUUAUAACCUCUGCAACCAAUUUAUUUCAAAACUUUAUAUCACCCGAGUCUAAAAAAAUAAUCAGAUGGACAGGCCAAAACAGCACCUUCAAAACGUAAAGUCUAAUUGUCGGCAACGCCUGAUUUGUUUUGACAUUUUGCCCAAACUCUGAUUUGUUUGUGCUUUGAGCAGUUUUCAUCUUUUUUAAAAUAUUAUUUUGUAGGUACCAGUGCACCAGAAUGCUUUAAUUUCAUGACGUUAGAGGAUUGGACGAGAAAUAUAAACCGGUACAAGCCGACUGGCAAUUAUAAGUAUGACAAUUAUUUAAAGCAUGGCUGGUACAGGUUUGUAACAGGGUCUCAAAUGCCCUCUCGACCAAGUUCGAGUCCGAGUUCUUAUUGCCAUAGUUCCGGCUAUUGUGACACUAGUUAUCAAGGAGUCUUAGUAGGAAGUCAUCCGUCAAGCACGAGUUCCGGGAGGGCCUAUCGUACGGUGUGUUUCGGCAAGUCUGGGAACUGUUGUAGGUAUUAUAAACACAUAUAUGUACGCAACUGUGGAAGUUUUUAUGUGUACCAACUGACGCCAACAUGCAGUAGCUGUCGAUAUUGCACAUUGUAUUAG